AUGAAUCAACAAGUUGUAGAUGGUGAAACUGUAGUUUCAGCAGGAGGUACAUUUGAGUUUGGCUUCUUUAGUCCUGAUGGAUCCCAAGGGCGAUAUGUCGGGAUAUGGUACAAGGGAUUACCAGUUGAAAAAGUUGCAUGGGUUGCAAACCGUGAAAGACCAUUAAUUGGAUCACAUGGAGUUCUUAUGAUUAAUGCUAGUGAUGGCAAUUUGGUCCUUGUGGAUGAUAAAAAUGUGCCAGUCUGGUCUACACAAGUUAGUUCGACGUCAUCCAACAACACCAUUGCUGUGCUUACUGCUCAGGGGAAUCUUGUUCUUCUGGAUCAGAACAAGCUGAACGAAUCAGUACCAUUAUGGGAGAGCUUCAAUCAUCCAUCUGACACACUCUUGCCUCGUAUGAAGAUAGGGAUGAAUACUAUAACAGGGGAGCAAAUAGUUCUCACAUCUUGGAAAGAUGAUAAAAAUCCGUCGUUGGGAAGUUUUAGUACCGCUCUGGUGGAUCCUCAGGAACUUGUACAAGUACUUAUUUUGAAUGGCUCGUCAAAGAAGCAUUUUAGAUCGGGGCAGUGGAAUCGGAGAAGCUUCAUUGGAGUGCCUAGCAUGACUAAAGACUACCACAAUGGCUUUCAACUACUUACGGACAGUAAAGGGGAGGAACUUUAUUUUUCUUAUGCUAUACUCAAUUACUCUGCUUCAACAUUGGUAUACUUAGAUUCCUCGGGUGUGAUAAUUCAGAUGGAUUGGGAUGCAGAAGAGAAAAAAUGGUUAAGGUUGCAGGUAGUACCUAAAGGUCAAUGUGACUUGUAUAACACAUGCGGUACUUUCGGAAGCUGCAAGAAUAAUGAUUCACCAGUAUGCAAAUGUUUGAAGGGUUAUGAACCAAAGUCUAUCGAUGAAUGGAACGAGGGGAAUUGGACUAAUGGUUGUGUUCGAAGAGCACAAUUCCAGUGUGAGGAGAUGGCCACUGGUCCAAAAUCUGAUGAUGAUGAGAGAAAGAGGGAUGUAUUUUUACCAGUUUCAGGGAUGAAACUACCAGAUUUCUCACAUUACCUACUUACUUGGGAUAAAAUGGAAUGCGAAAAUUCUUGCUUGAAGAACUGUUCUUGUUUGGCAUAUGCUUAUGUGGAUGGAAUAGGCUGCAUGAUUUGGGGGGAAAAUCUUAUUGACCUUCAAGAGUUCUCCCAUGGUGGAGAGCAACUAUACAUUCGCCUUGCACAUUCCCAACUUGAUAAGAGGAGGCAAAUCGGAGCCCGUAUUGCAAUUAUCGUUUCAGCAACAGUUGGCCUAAUUCUUAUUGUAUGCACUAUUUAUUUGCUGAAGAUCAGAAAAAGAGGCAUUGGGAGUUUAAUCCCUUUUUGCAUAGCUUCGAAACAAUCUUCAGCAGCAAAUUUGCUUCUUAACAGUUUUACUCAAGGUAGCAGUUCAGAAUUACCCGUUUUCAGCUUCAAGUGCAUAGAAAAUGCUACUAAAAACUUUUGCACUCGAAAUAAACUUGGAGAGGGGGGAUUUGGACCUGUUUACAAGGGGGUAUUAGCAAACGGACAAGAGGUUGCUAUUAAAAGACUUUCGAGGAGCUCAGGACAAGGCAUAGAAGAGUUCAAGAAUGAGGUUACACUAAUUUCCAGACUUCAACACAGAAACUUAGUCAAAUUGAUAGGAUUUUGCAUUCAUGAGGAGGAAAAGUUGCUGAUCUAUGAAUACAUGUCCAACAGAAGCUUAGACAUUUUCAUAUUCGGAUCAAGAUCCAAUGAUAAGGUGGCGUUAAGUUGGAAUCAACGAUAUAGCAUCAUUGAAGGUUUAGCUAGAGGGCUUCUUUAUCUUCAUCGUGAUUCGCGACUAAAAAUCAUUCACAGAGAUCUAAAGACGAGCAAUAUUCUCUUAGACGAAGAUAUGAAUCCCAAAAUCUCUGAUUUUGGAAUGGCUAGGAUUUUCGGAGGGAAUCAAACAAUAGCAAAUACCAACAGGAUUGCCGGUACCUAUGGUUACAUGUCCCCUGAAUAUGCAAUACAAGGAAUUUUCUCCGAAAAGUCGGAUGUCUUCAGCUUUGGUGUCAUAUUGUUAGAGAUUAUCUGCAGUAAAAGAAACAACAGCUAUUCUCACUCCAAAGACGACCCUCUCAACCUUCUGGACCAUGCAUGGCAACUGUGGAAUGAAGGGAAGAUACUGGAGUUUCUGGAUCCGAAGGUGGCUGGUUCACUUGAUACACCAACACAGGUUGUUAGAUGCAUCCUUGUGGGCUUGCUUUGUGUGCAAGAACAUGCAAAUUAUAGGCCAAACACAGCUACAGUUGUUUCCAUGCUCUGCAGUGACACAGUUCUUCCUUCGCCUAAGCGACCUGGAUAUAGCAGCAAAGACAGAAGCCCUGAUGAUCCAAGUUCUUCACCUUGCUCCAGAAACUCUUUUACUAUUUCAAAUGUUGAAGGACGUUAA